GCCCAAGCAUUCAAAAUGGAGAAGAAAUUAGGCAGAUCCCAGCAGGAAGGAGCAGAUGCAGCCAAGGCUAAGACAGAAUCUGCUGCAGCCACACCAUCGGGUCCUGUUGCAGAGACGUUCCGAGUUAUCCAAGGGGCAGUGACGGAAGAGUACGUGAGAAGUACUCAGGGUGUCUUUGAGUUUGAGCUCUCUGGCGAUGGUGGAGGCACUUGGUACAUUGACCUGAAGACCAAGGGUGGGAGCGCUGGCUUCGGGAAGCCUCCCGUGACAGCUGAUGUGGUUAUGAGCAUGUCGAGUGCCGACUUUGUGAAGAUGUUCACAGGUAAAUUAAAGCCAACUCUGGCUUUCAUGACUGGAAGAUUAAGGAUUAAAGGAAACAUGGCACUAGCAAUAAAGCUUGAGAAGAUGCUUUCACAGCUUAAUUCUAAACUGUGAGGGGAAACCCAUACUAGCACAACAGUGGCCUUUAAUAUAUAACUGCAAUGCUGUUUUAAAUUUUUAGUCCUUGUUUUUCUGAUGCAGUAUAAGAAAUAAAGAUAAAAUGUGAGAUUUUUAUAGAAGAAGUAACUCAAUCUCAUUAAGAAGAUGUUCAUAAUUAAACUAAUUCCGUCUCAAGAAUGCA